GUGAGCCACGUCAGUAUUCAGCAGGGUCGGCUUUUCCCAUGGCCCUGUGUAGUAACCGUACCCACCAAGUCGGACUGGCCAAAGGCAGGGCCAUGAUAGGACAUGACCGGCCAGUUGAGGCCUUUCUGCCCACGGCCUUCCGAAGCUGCGUCCGGACAAUCACAAUUUGAAAGGGCACAGCCGGCGGCCAUCUCAGCUACCCUCAGGCGAGGAGCGUUUUCCUCAACAGGGAAGCCCUUACAGGCCGGGUACCAGGUGGUUAAUCAGAACCGAAUCUCCAACGCAUUCCGAGCCACUCGCGGCGAGAUUAGCUCUCCUCGCUUUGUGUUCUUGCGGGUGCACAAAGCCUUGCGUGUGAUGGAUACACUGACCGUUGAGCACAUUUCUGCUAAAGAUCCUCAUUGUCUCAGAGCCUGGGUGGCCAGCUGGAGGGCAGGGCCCUCCCCUACCAAUGAACGAGACGGGGACCGGCCUUAUUUUACACGCCCAUCAACGGCUACGAUCUCGGAGGUUCGUUCUUGCCAGUGGAGAGAUCGGCAGAUAUUUCCCUGGAAGAGAACGGACAGUGUCCAGAGCAUGGCAACUAUCCGUACAUGGCCUUGGAUGAUCGACGGCUGUCAGUGAUAGUCUGAUCAAUGGGAUCUCUGGUAAGCCGCUUCGGGAAUACAG